AUGGCUGUUGCAUUUAUCUUGACGGCUACCGUUGACCGUCGAUCUGGUAUGAAGUACCCCACUGAACUCACAGCGAUAUUCCAAACCGCUGCUGCUACAGUGAUCCACCACGAUACCGUUGUGGCACUCAGAAGUAUGGGCUUUGAUAUGGAAAAUAUAGGUGACAUGCCUUGCGUAGUUGUGGAUGAUCCGAUGCUUAAAGCUGCAGUAGACCAAAAUGACGAGCCGUGA